AUGCCGGCCGCCGACGACUCGCCCCCCGAACACAAACACAGCAGCAGCUUCUACAGAGAUGAGGUCGCGCACUACAAGGCUCAAUAUGAGCAGCUAGAGUCGGAACUAGCCGAUUUCCAAACCUCCAGCCGGGAGCUGGAGGCGGAGUUGGAAAAGGACAUCGAGGCUUCGGAGAAGCGGGAGCGACAGCUGCAAGAAAAGGUUGAUGGCCUUCGAUAUGAGGUCGACGAGUGGAAGGCCAAGUACAAGCAGUCCAAGUCCGAGGGUAACUCGGCCCUGAACAACCUGCAGAAGGAAAUAACCACGCUGCGCGAUACCAACCGCACGAUGCAUUUGAAGCUGCGUGACAUCGAGGUUGCCAACGAUGAUUUCGAACGUCAAGCCCGGAACACGACCUCGUCGCUGGAGGAUAUGGAGUCCAAAUACAAUGUGGCUAUCGAGCGCGGAGUGAUGCUCGAGGAGGAAAUCAAGACUGGAGAGCAAGAGCGUGAAAGUCUACGCAUAGAGAACCAGCGUCUCCGCGACGAACUCUCCGAUCUCAAAAUCGAAGCCGAGAUUGUACAGGACAGGCUUCGACAUGCCGAAUCCAACGGUGUACGUCGUCGGAAGCCGGCCCCCUUGUACCGCAGCCCGUCCACUCCCCACACCCUGGAAAUCUUUGAUCGCUCGCCUGCUGGUACGGCGACCUCUUCACCCGUCUUCGCUACACCACCGGCCAAACCGUCCCUGGCAUCGACAGCCGCAACCCCACCGUCGCCGCCUAUCUCAGAGUCAUCUGCCAGUCUGCGCAAGUCGAUCAACGCCACCCCAAGCUUCCCUCGUUCGAGAGCGGCAGGAGCAGAACCAAUCACUUCUAGAUCUCUCUACAAUUCUCGGACUGCGCCGCGCACAACUCACUCCCGAACCCCAUCUCUCGCCUACAGCAAUGGCCGCUCUACACCAACCUUCAACCCUCGCAGCAGCCUGUCGAGGUCGAGCCUUGCUCGCCCAUCUGGACUUCCCAACUCUGGGUCUUUGUAUCAAAUCCGUGGGCUGAUCGGCAAGAUGCAAAAGCUCGAGGAACGAGUUCAAUCGGCCAAGUCACGACUUCCAGCGCCUUCAGACAGUUCUUCUCGCGGAUCACCUCGUGCCGGAUCUCGUGCAGGAUCUGUUGUUGGUGAUAGCCCAGUCCCAUCCACUGUGACCGUUCGGAGAACCUCCCGUAAACGGAUAAGCGGCAGUAGCUACGGCUCCUCGAUUCGAGACACUGAAAGCACGCCUUCAUACAUCCCUCACAGUCGCCAGUCAUUUGGGGCUCGCACCCAAGGUGACAGCCGCCCCAGCAGCCGAACCAGUUUCUCCAGUCGCAGUUCUUUCAGUCAGAGCACCUCUGGAAUCCCGACCGCUCCACCCGCUCGGCCUGAAAGUCGAUCGAGCCGACCCGGUGCCCGUACGCCCUUAGGUCAUUAUUCAACGAACCCAACCACGGAGAGUCGACGACCUCGAUCGUCACUCAGUAACCAUGCGGCUCUUGGAGGCAUGACUCACAUCGAGGAGGAUAACGACUUUUCUACUCCUACAUCUCGCCCGGCUCAGGACACUCGCAGGCCGUCCAUUCCUGCCACCCCGAACGGCCUAAAGAAGCGCACCACCAGCGGUGCAUCCGGGAUUCCCACUCCACGAAGCUUCAAGACCAGUAUUGGGUCCGGGACCAUGCCGCCCCCAAAACCAAAGACUCAGGUUGAAGAAUUGGGCGAGACCUAUUAA